AUGGGUUGCGCUAAUCAAGAACAUUCAAAAGACGAAUUGGAAUUUAGCAAACAUUUAUAUGAAACCAAGUGCUGGUUUAUACGUAUUUCUUGGAAGAAUAAAAAGAUAUUUGUGCUAGAUUUAUUAGACGACAUUUCAAGUAUUUUUACGCUCUCUUUAUUGUUAAAAUCAAUAUGGAACUCCCGUUCUAAAGACGCCAUAUUGUCUAUAAGCGAGUAUAAGACAUGGAGUAGCUAUGACCAAGUACCCUUGGAUCACGAUCGAACUGUACUCAUGUCCUCGAUCCAAGAUAUUAUAAUGUUUAAUCGCAAAUGGUUUCGCUCUCUUGAUUCAGGUCAACAAUUCCUAGUUUUAGCGGAAUUGCUAUCGGUUGCCGGAGGUCCCAUUAUGUGGGAAGUAUUUAAGUCAGCUGAGAAAAUUUACGAACAAAACCUAGAACAGAUGAAGAAUUUGAUAGAAUGUGUCGUGGUUAAUGAAUCACCACCUGAAAAAAAGCCCAUUAAUGUUGAAGCAACUAAAAAAGAACAAACGCCGCGUCGAAAAAGUUCUGUAACACAAAUUUUGGAAUCAUCCACAUAUCCCUUAAUGAAUGGACAAAAAGAGUUGGAUACGAAUUUAGUUUUGUGGGCCACUACAAUUAAGACUAUAAAAGAUCAUUUGAAAUUGGAAGAAUUAGAGAUGACCUUUACUGAUGGGACAAAAAAGAGAAUUUGGAAAGUAAAUCGAUCAAAGCCGGAAAAUUUUGAAACUGUAGAUUUCAUUCAAUUAUUGCCAUCGGCAAUAAGUAAGCGUAUUUUGCUGUAUCUACCUUUGACUCAACUGAGUGACUGUGCUCGAGUGAACAAGUACUGGGCAUACUUGGUUGAUGAAUUUCGUGCAGAAUUCAUUGCUAGACAGAAAAUUGAUAUCGAACUGGAAAAGCUUCGAGAAAAUAUGCUACGUCACGAAGAUAGUGUAUAUUUACUAAAUAAUUUAACUGAAUUAAAAAUAAAAUCAGGUUCUGCCAGCCACGCCAAAAUAAAAGACACAAGUGCAUAUUUUAAAAAGUCUUAUCCUUACUCUUUGGUUUUAGAAAUGAACAAAGCAAAGCAACGGCGAAUUGCUAAACUAUCGUUCAGAAAUUUGACAGAUUUAAAUAAUCGUUUGGACAUACGUGGAGCCGCCGAUAAGAAUAUAAGAAAAUGGUGUAAUAAUAUUUGCAAGAUUAAUGAAAAUAAUAAAGGACCAGAGGUACGUUUAAAUGGUGGUUAUUUUUAAAGAUAUCCUGUCCAACCAAUUAUUCACUUCACGAUUCAAUUCAUGUAUUAUUGAAUUUGGUGUCUACAUACUAUGAAAAUUUUAAUUAUAAAUUGAUGAAAGCUUACACAAAUAUUUCCCAAUAAAUUUUCUGCUUCAGAAGUUGUAAAUCUGUGAAUACGACUUUUUUUCUAUGUUACUUCCUAGUUCCAAAUUAAUUAUUCUUUAACU